AUGAUAUAUACAAGUUCAGAAGGAGAUUGGUAUAAUCCAAAUGAAAUCGAACAUGAAUCAGAUGACGAUGAAGAAUUACAUAAUUUAUUAAAAAAAGGAUGUUCAGAAUUUUUAGAAGGAAAAGAAAUUGAACAAUUAAAAUUACUAUUUUUUGAACAAACUAUAGAAGAUAGAACAAAAUCAUUAUACAGAGCGAGACAUUCAAUUUUUCCAAAUGAUGAACAAUCAAAAUCUUCAGUACAGUUUUCAAAAUAUCAUUUAGAUUUUAAUUUAAAAGAAGGUGAAAAAUGUAAAGUUGGUGUAACAUUAAAAGAUAAAAUUAAAAUAAAUUCAACAGGUACAGGUAAAACGUCGUUUAAUUUUUGUAAUAUACCAGUUCAUUCACCAAAUAUAAAGUUAUCAUUUUCCCCAAGUAGUGGAGUUUUAAAGAAAGGAUCAUCAGUUGAAAUUAAUGUAGAAAUGGUAGUUUUAUGCACAACAAGAGUUAGAGAAUUGAUUGCAGUGGAUGUUGCCAAUAGUGGUCGUCACUUUUUUACAAUUAAAAUAGAUUCAAAAAUGUCACAAGUUUUAGAUUAUAAAGAAUUAGAGAUUGGUAAUGUUAUCGGUGGAGGUGGUUAUGGUGCAAUCUACAAAGCAAAAUGGAGAGGUCUUUCUGUAGCUGUUAAAGUAAUUUCAGAGUUAAGCGAUGGCAGUGAAUUUGAAAAAGAGUUAGAAAUGCAUAAAGAACUUUUGCAUCACCCAAAUAUCGUUCAUUUUGUUGGUUUUUGCGUUUCACCAAAAUGUUUAGUUUUAGAGUAUAUUGAGGGUGGCAGUUUAGAUAAAUACCUUCAUAAUCCAUUGUAUACCUUCUCACCUCAACUUCGUCUUAAAAUGGCCUGUGAUAUCGCCAAGGGUAUGUGCUUCCUUCACAGAAACGAAAUUUUACAUUUAGAUUUAAAACCACAAAACUUUUUAGUUGUUUCAAUUUCACCAGAGGCACCAGUAUCAAUUAAAUUGGCUGAUUUCGGUUUGGCUACUUCAUCUUCACGUUCCUUCUAUGGUCCAACUGUUGAGGGUAGUUUCCUUUAUAUGUCACCUGAAGUUUUCACACAAAAGAAAUUCUCAAGAGCAGCAGAUGUUUGGAGUUAUGGUGCUUGCUUAAUUGAAAUCCUUACCAACAAAAGACCAUAUCAAGAAUAUGACCAAUUGGGUUACUUGGAGUUAGCUCGUGUUAGAGAAGAAGGUCUCCCACCAUCAAUUCCACAAGAGAUUGAAGGUGAUCUAAGAAAGAUUAUCGAAGCUUGUUUUCACAGAGAUCACACAAAAAGACCAUCAUUUGAAAAUAUUGAAGCAUUUUUGGAUGUGAUGACUGAGGGUUUAUUUGGUAAUAGUAGCGGUUCAACUGAAUCAUCUUCAACUAUUUCAUCUUUAAUUUCUUCAUCACCAUCUUCAACAACAUUGGCUACUUCAAAUAACGGUAACAAUUCUUCACCACCACAAACAUCAUCUAUACCACAAUUAAAACACAGUGGCUCAUUUUUAUUCUCAAGAUUACAACAACAACAACAAACUCAACAACAACAACCAAUUGUACCAAAUAAUUCAUCAACUAAUCAAACUCUUUCACCACCAACUACACCAAGAAGAGCCGGCACUCCAUCACCACCAUUUUCUUUACCAAAUUCAGUAUUACAUCAACAAAAUAGGAUUGAAAAACAAGAGUUACAACAUUCAUCAUCACCACCAGCAUAUUCACCACCACCAGUUCCACAACCAAGUUUAAAUAGUAGUAAUGGUAACAUUAGUAAACCCACUGUACCAGCUAGAAACUUUUUAUCAACUAGUAAUGGUAGUGUUAAUUCAUCUUCAUCAUCUUCAUCAUCAUCUUCAUCAUCUUCAUCAUCCCCAUCACAAACAACCAAUAGUGACCCAAUCGUUAAAGUAUCAAGAGCAAUGACCGAAGUUACUGUUAGUGAUACACAAAAAACUGCAGGUUUACCAGCUAGAUCAGUCACAAUCUCAACUUCUUCAUUUAUUAAACCAAUUCUAACUGAAAAUCAACAACAACCACAACAAUCACACGAAAAUUCAGAAAAACAAAAUAGUAUCAACACCACUAAUGGUAGUGGUGCAUCACAUAGACCUUUACCAAUCCCACCAUCUACUUCACCAAGUAAACCAUUGAAUAGUGGUAUUGCUGGUAGUUCACCAACAAGAGUUGUUCCAUCAACUACUAGACCAAAACCAAUUACAACAACAUCCUCAAGCACACCACAAUUACCAAUUGGUGGCAAUAGUGCACCACAUAGACCACCAAUUAGAGCUGCCUCAUCAUUUGAAAUUAAAAACAAUCAUUUAAAUCUUUCUUCAUCCCCAGUCGAUCUUUUUUCUUCUUCACCAGCAACUUUUGAAAUGUCUGUUGAAAACGAAGAUUUAACAAAAUUAAUUGAAUUAAGAUCAAGAACAUUAAAAUGUUUAAAAGUUUUAUAUUACUCAUUUUUAGAUACAAUCAAAUCAUUUUCAGAAAUUAAAGAAUUAAAAGAUUGUAUCGAGCUUGGUCAAAAGAUUAGAAACUUUAAAAAGGAUGUAGAACUUCAAUGUAUAGAGCACUUAAAACUUGGUUGGGAGACUAUUCACGAAACUACAAAGAAGACCAUAAACAAACCUCAUCUUGCAGUUUAUCCAUCACCACAUCCAUCCAACUUUGAUGGCGAAACUUAUAACAAGGUAGUUCAAUUUAGAGAUGCCGCUGUAAUUGUAGGUGAAUCAGCAUUAGAUGGUUUAUUUUAUCUUAUGCUCCAAUUAUUACCAAGUCAUAAUAACUAUAGAGUACCAAUUUUAGAUGUAACCGUUUCAUCUAGUGAUAAAAUCCCAGAAAAAGAUUUAAUUGUUAAAAUUGCUAAAGUUGCAAGAUCUUUAAAAUCUUAA